CUCCGCGGGCAGCGGGCUGUAGAGACGCCGCGCUCCGCCCGGAGGAGGCCGCCGGCCAGGCGAGCGGAGCGGCAGCCAGCCGAGUCGGGCCCCGAGGCCCAGCCUCCCGACCCCGGCGCGGCGCAUGGGGCCAUGGCCCUGCUGCCCGGGCCCGCGGAGCGGCGGGGCGGCGGCGGCGGGGCCCGAGCCCGGCACGUCAUCAUCAACGUUGGCGGCUGCCGCGUGCGCCUGGCCUGGGCCGCGCUGGCUCGCUGUCCCCUCGCGCGCCUCGAGCGCCUGCGCGCCUGCCGCGGCCACGACGAGCUGCUGCGCGUGUGCGACGACUACGACGUGAGCCGCGACGAGUUCUUCUUCGACCGCAGUCCCUGCGCCUUCCGCGCCAUCGUGGCGCUGCUGCGCGCCGGGAAGCUGCGGCUGCUGCGCGGCCCGUGCGCCCUGGCCUUCCGCGACGAGCUGGCGUACUGGGGCAUUGACGAGGCGCGCCUGGAGCGUUGCUGCCUGCGCCGCCUGCGCCGCCGCGAGGAGGAGGCGGCCGAGGCGCGCGCGGGGCCGGCGGAGCGCGGGGCACCAGGGAGCCCGGCCUGCACCCCGCGACCUGGCGGGCGGCUCGCGCGGGGCCGGCGGCGCCUGCGCGACGUGGUGGACGACCCGCGCUCAGGCCCGGCCGGCAAGCUCUUCGCCUGCGUGUCCGUGGCCUUCGUGGCCGUCACGGCCGUCGGCCUCUGCCUCAGCACCAUGCCGGACAUCCGCGCCGAAGAGGAGCGGGGCGAGUGCUCCCCUAAGUGUCGCAACCUGUUCGUGCUGGAGACAGUGUGCGUGGCCUGGUUCUCCUUCGAGUUCCUGCUGCGCUCGCUGCAGGCCGAGAGCAAGUGCGCCUUCCUGCGGACCCCGCUCAACAUCAUCGACAUCCUGGCCAUCCUGCCCUUCUACGUGUCUCUGCUCGUGGGCCUCGCGGCCCGGCCCGGCGUGGGAGGCAACAAGCUGCUGGAGCGCGCGGGGCUGGUGCUUCGGCUCCUGCGGGCGCUGCGCGUGCUCUACGUGAUGCGCCUGGCGCGCCACUCGCUGGGGCUGCGCUCGCUCGGCUUGACCGUGCGCCGCUGCGCGCGCGAGUUCGGGCUGCUGCUGCUCUUCCUCUGCGUGGCCAUGGCCCUCUUUGCGCCGCUCGUGCACCUGGCCGAGCGCGAGCUGGGCGCGCGCCGCGACUUCUCCAGCGUGCCGGCCAGCUACUGGUGGGCCGUCAUCUCCAUGACCACCGUGGGCUACGGCGACAUGGUGCCGCGCAGCCUGCCCGGGCAGGUGGUGGCGCUGAGCAGCAUCCUCAGCGGCAUCCUGCUCAUGGCCUUCCCGGUCACCUCCAUCUUCCACACCUUCUCGCGCUCCUACUCGGAGCUCAAGGAGCAGCAGCAGCGCGCCGCCAGCCCCGAGCCCGCCCUGCGCGAGGACAGCACGCGCUCCGCCUCCGCCUCCGCCUCCGCCUCCGCCACGGAGGACUACUGCUCGCAGAGCCCCGACGGCGCCGGCUCGGCCGGGGCCUCAGCGGAGGGGCCGUGGGCACCGGCGGGGCCGACCUGACCUGCGGGGGCAGUCGGGGGCCUGGGGGCGGCACUGCGUCCUCGCCCCGCUCCGCUCGGAGGGGCGGGACGGCUUUGGGCCCCGGCUCCUGUCGUCAGCCUGCAUGUUGCUUGACCCGCACACACCGGAGCCUGGCCCGGGCCUGACCCGGCUGACUCGGGGGUCAAAGCCAUCCUGUGCUUGGAGUAAAGAGUUUCACCCUAGGAGCACCACCAGCCUGUUCUGCGCUUUCCUUUCUUGUCUCCAGAGUUUUGACUCCAUGGCCAACUAAAAAUAAAUUCCACAGUCCCAAAAGUUCCAAGCCUGUAGCAAAUGCCACAAGGCUGCACUUGUCCUUCAGCCUCACCCUGACCUUGCUCCGCUGGUCACUGUGGGGCUCAGCGGGGUUGGGGGCAGCCUUGGGGAGCUGUGGGGAAAGGGCAGUGCCUGCCUGCUCCUGCCGUCAUGUCCCCUGGCGGCCAUGCCCGCUCAGAGGGGGGCAUUCCCGUCGCCUCUGUAGAGACCACAUCCCCACCAAGUGACGGUGGCGCUUACAGCCCCAGUUCUUUUGGGGGGGCGUGUGCCAGCCCUAACCUCUGACCUCCCUUCCCUAGCCCUCACCUGCUCUCCCCUCGGAAUGCCCAGCAACGCUGCAGGCCUGCAUGUCAGCCGGGGGCCCCACGGCCUCCCGGGGCGCCUGGCCCCCUCCCCGGGCGUGCAGCUGCUGGAAGUUGGUCAUGACCGAGCUGCUGCUGCUCUGGGGAGGGGAGGGUCUGUGCUGAUGCAGCUCUUCGGUCACACACCUGCUCCUCUGGAGGAAACGACUUCCUCCUGGGCACGGGGGCUCACCGACCAUCCCUCCAAGGGUUCGGUCAGUUGUGGGACACCCCCUCUUCGCUGCGGUGGCUCUGAGGGUCCCCAGGAGCCCUGCAGAACCGAAGCCACCGUGGGUCACAGGAUGGGUGCUGUGGGCCGCCCUGCGGAGAACCGUGUGGGGACAGGGGCACGCUGUUCCCCUGCACCCGGGCGAGCCGCCCGCCCUGGCUUUCCUGCUCCUCCCCGCAUCCCCGCCGCGACCCUCCCACACGGCCCCUCGGGCUGGGGGCCGGUGGGCCUCUGCUGGCCGUGGCCUCCGUUGCCCACCUAGGCUGGGGACAGGAACGGGUCGGGUCCCUGCCAGCCUGUGGCCCCACACCCACCCAGGAAGCCCACACCGAGACGCUCCUUGGGACAGUCUCCGUGAGUCCUGCAAGACACAGUGCACCACGGCUGCUUCCUGCCAGAGCUCUCUGGUUCAUCCGAACGCAUCUGUACACGUUUAAAGGGAGUGGUCUGUGUCGGUGACGUUCCAGCCCCCUACCCUCAGGCUGCUCCUGCACAUGCUGUAACCUCCCUGGGCCCCGACUGGCCCCCCACCGCCCCAGCUGACCCCUGGGGGCUUGGGGAUCCACUCAGAUCCACAGGGUCACUCCAGGGCUGAACGUGCUCCACCGUCAGUGAUGCGGGUCUGAAACCCCCAUAUCUGCUGCCAAAAUAGGCCCAACUCUGGUGCCUCUUAUUUCAGAGGAAAAUGCCCACUGCCCCCCUCCCGCCCCCCCCCCGUUUCCUCCCAGCCAGCUAGAAUCCAGGACGGGCAGUGAGCAGCGCGCGGGCUGUGGGCGGGCGGGCAGCUCUCUGAGCUGUUCACCUGCUCUCACUCUGAGUGGACGUGGCCACUCACCCAGGAGCCUGGGCAGCAGCACUGUCCUGUUCCCAUUUCCAAAGUGUCCCCCUUGUUGAGAAGAAGGGCUAUGAAAGUGACCCUCAUAUAUUUUUCUCACUGGGAGCCCCAAGUGGAGUUACUAUUAAAAAUACCUGCCUUGCCCUAGUGGACGGCUUGUCCAGGGCCCGGACACAGAGCCCUCUUGGCCAGUGUGGCACCAGGCCUGGGAAGCCGCCUACUCUGCUCAGUUUCGGGACAGCUCCUCAGAGGAACACGGGAGCUGCUUCCAAGCUGGUUCUCUGCUCAUCAGUCAAAUCACAGAGGAGGCUACAGGUAAGUUCUCAGGAACAAAGAUGGGUUUCCCAAAAAGGCACCCCAUAUGUUUUCUUUUUUGCCUUUUUUUUAAGUAUUUAAACUUUUACUGAAUAAUUUUAAAUAAAAUAGUUAUUCUGAAUUAACACAUUAUCAGAUGGAAAAUAAACAUCCAUGCCAGAGCAGCACCCCUGCCCUGCACCACUCAGUACGGGGAAUCCGGGGUCCACACUGAGGCCCUGUGCUGCCCGGGGUGGCCGUGUCGACUGUCACCAGCUCGGGUCAGCUCCAGUGGCCGACCUCACCCUCCAGGGCUGGAGUGACCAUCGAAAAAACUUAAUUCCCUUUCAUGUAUCUUGACUUGGUGGAUUUUUUUGGCCUU